GUAAAAUUGGAGGUGCAUCUGUAUGUUCGAUUGAAGUUACAUUUUAUUGAGAGAAUAUAAUUUUACUUGACUUCAAAGCCAUAUCUAGUAAAAUACCUUGUUACAAAUUAUCACAGUCACUUGUACUAACGUUUUAACCGCCCAACCAAAAAUCAACGAUCGCCAGAAGACAAGGCAGUUUUUCAGGAAAGGCAGCGAAAAGUCUGCAGAUGGCAAUGGAUUCUAGCAAGCAAUACCAUUAUUAUUUUGCAUAUGGUUCAAACAUGAAUCCUGGAAGAAUGAAAGACAGAGGUGUUUCAUUUGUAACCAGAGAGUUAGCAAGACUACCAGGAUACACACUAGCAUUCAAUAAAAAGGUGAAAUUAAAUGGAACAGCAGCAGCAAAUAUUUUGGUUGAUGAAAAUUCAACAGUUUAUGGAGCACUGUAUGCUUGCGACACUGAACAUGUGUUCCAUCAACUUGAUAAAUAUGAGGGAGUGAAAAUGAAUCAUUAUUACAGAGAACAGAAAACAGUUUUUCUUGAAAGUGGGAAAGCCAUUACUGCUGUUGUUUAUAUUGCAAACAAGGAGAAAUGUGAGAAUGGCUUGCUAAUCCAUCCUUCUUACUUAGACCAUUUGCUUUGUGGUCAAGAUCUUUUGCCUGAAAAAUACUUCAAUUUUCUUAAGACUUUCAAAGAAAGGUGUUGUGAAGAUGAUGCAAUUUACUACCUAUCUUAUGGUGCAGAUGUUGAUUGUAAGAAAAUUGCAGAGAAAGGUAUCUCCUUUGGCAAGAGAGAGCUAGGUAUUUUACAUGAUUAUCAAAUUGAAUUUAAUAAGCUGAAGAAUAAUGGAAUGCUGGCACCAAAUUUAGUUCAAUCAAAAUCUUCUGUUGUCUAUGGUGUGCUGUAUUCUUUCCAUGACAAUAAGCCAUUUGAAGAUCUUGAUAAAGCCAAUGGUGUUAGAAAAGGGCACUACCACAGAUCAACAGUUCCAGUUCAAAAGGAGAAUGGAGUAACUAUUCAUGCCCAAACCUAUUUUGCUGGUGACUCUUUUAUAUGCAAUGAGCCUAAACAAGUUGAUCUAGAUACUUUUGAUCAUCUUAUUGCUAGUAAAGACAUUGUGCCUGUGCCUUACUUAGAGUCUCUGAUUAAGAGCAGAGCAGAAACAUCUCACAUGGAUAGACUUUUGGAAAAGCUAAAUUGUCCGUAAAAAGAGGAAUUUAGGGACAGUAGAUUUGAACAUUAUUUCUUAUAUUUUUGUAUAUAAAAAUGUUAGUACCACUUUAAGGUCCUUGCGUAACCGGAAUGCUUAGCAGCAGUUGCCUUGAGAAAUUGACUCUGUUUUGUAUUUUCAUGCAAUACCAUAUUAGGCUGGUGUUUUGAAUUAAGUCACAAAGCGUGCCCAUUGCACAAGAGCCUUGAAAGUAAAUUUUUGAAUAGAUUAGCUUACAAUCAUUCAUAAUGUACCAUCCAAAUUCCCUGGUUUGUUUUCUUUCAUUUUUCUGCAGACCCUUCCCCAAAUUUACUGCAUGUUUGUUUUAUAUUCAACUUUAGUUGUUCACAUAAUGUUAGCAAGAACUUUGGCUCUUGAGAAAUAUAGCAUCAUAAAAACUAUUCAUCUUUAAAAAUGAUCAAAUAAAGGGUUUUAUGGAUAUGGUUUUAAAAUACCAUUCACUAUGACUUAAGUAGUUAUAUCUGCAUUACUGCAUAAUUCAUAAUAGCCUCAAAAUCAAAGGUUUCAGGCAGACAUCAGAUGCAUUUUAUGUAUUUAUCAAAACAAAGCACAUACAUUUUUAAGCCUUUGAAGACACAACCCCCUUGUUUGUUUUUCUUUGCUAUUGUACGAGGUAACUCCUCCUCCUCCUUGUCAAGGACACACAAAACUUUCCCACAAUCUUGUAUCUGCAUUUUAUAAAUUAUUAAAUUAUGCAUCAGUCUUCCAUUUUCAAAUAUUUCUGCAUCUAUAUUUCCUUCUGCAUAAUCACUUUUUACUAGGUUUUUCAUGUAGAAAUAUGACAAUAAAAUGUUCUGUGUGUUUUUCUUUGGCUUUUAGAUCUCAUAACAAUGAUUCAACUAACAAUACAUCAACUACAACUAUGUAACAUAAUUGUCUGUGUUGAAGAACUUGGUUUUAUGUAAAAGAAAACACCAUUGAAAGUUCAAGAUGUUCUACUGGCCCUCCUUCUCCUCUUGAUAUUUGUAAUGCAGUUCAGUCACAUCUGUUUGAGAAACCUUGAUCCAACCAGUUUCUUUCAUGUGGUACAAAUUAACCACUCCUCCUGAAUAUGCAUCCCUAUGUGUGGCAUGGUAAAUUGAUCUCUUACCUAAGUCAUAGGCUUCCUCCUCUGAUAAGUCAUAUCGAUAGCCACUGUCCAUUACUCCAUAUGCAUAUGGUGAUCCUGAGCCUACAGAGAACAUGCUUCCUGAAUAACGGUCCCCAUCACUGUCUACAUAAUACAGCCCAGGCCCUCUUUUAUCCCAGCCACAAAUCAUGGUACCCAUGCUAAGGCCCAUUCCUUUGUAUUGAUAUACUAGAUUUGCCAAAAGCUUGGAUGCAGCUGCAACUGAGAUCCUCUCUUUAUUUCUCAAUUCAUACAUCCUGCAUUCCAUUGCCAACACACGUUCCCAGAACGAGCAGUCUGCAGCCCCACCAGCCAUUGUGCCUAGUAAAUAUGGGUUUAUUUCGAUCACCUUUUUCACCGUUUGUGAGGCUAUGUAUGAACCUGCUGUUGCCCUUGAAUCUACUGCAACUAUUACUCCAUGCUGAAAUUUGAAAGCAAGCGUUG